GACUCCCGAGUCUUGCCUGGAAGCCCCGCGCCAAGAGUUCAUACAUCGCCCCCACGCAACGGAGAUUCCCAGUAUUGGAUUGAUGAGCCAUGGCCACCACAACAACCCACAACCCGGCUGCCCGGCCGCCCGUCGCGGCCGUCCUCCCGCCGCUGUUGUUGGGCACAGCAACCUUCAACACCCAGCACGUCAAGGACCCCCUGCAGAUGCCGUACCGGCAGAUCGUCUCGCGGGCACUCGAACUCGGCGUCAAUGGCUUCGACACGUCGCCGUACUACGGCCCCUCGGAGGUCCUGCUCGGCGACGCGCUGGCUGCCCAUACCGCGGCGACCAAGCUGCCCCGGGAGGCCUACGUCCUGGUGACCAAGGCCGGCCGCAUCGCCGGCAACGAGUUUGACUACUCGCCGGCGUACGUGCGCCACUCCGUCCUCCGCUCCCUCAAGCGCCUCAACACCACGUACCUCGACCUCGUGUACAUGCACGACGUCGAGUUCGUCUCCCCGGCGGAGGUCCUCGGCGCCGUUCAAACGCUGCGUCAGCUGCGCGACGAGGGCAAGAUCCGGUACGUCGGCAUCAGCGGGUUCCCCGUCCACGUGCUCUGCAGCCUCGCCGAGAUGGUCCUGGCCGAGACCGGCGAGCCGCUCGACGCCAUCCUCAGCUACGGCCACUUCACCAUCCAGAACCCCACCCUCGGCCUGCCCGAGGUCGUGGCGGGCCCCGACCACAACGACGACCAGAGCCCUCUGCGGAGGUUCAAGAAGGCCGGUGUGCAAGUCGUCCUCAACGCCAGCAUGCUGGGCAUGGGCCUGCUCACGUCGACUGGCAUCCCUUCGAGCUCGGAGGGCGGAGAGGGCAAGGCCGGGGUCAUUGCGUCGUGGCACCCGGCGCCGGACGAGCUGCGCUCGGCCUGCAGGCAGCUUUCGACGAUAGCAAGUGAGGCGGGAGAGCGGCUGGAGACCGUCGCCCUUCAUUGGUCGAUGGAGGAGUACGCCCGUGUCGGCGCUUCAGCCGGCCUUGGCGUCCAGCUGCCUGGCCAGAGCGGCCUGCGCGUCGGUGGCAGUGUCAUGGGCGUGACGAACACGGCCGAGCUGGAGCAGACCGUGGCGGCUUGGAACCAUGUGCUCGAGGGGCUCGCCGCGGGCAGCGAGGCCGAGGCGGCGACCGCCAGGUACGAGAAGCUCAAGGCGCUGGUGGAGCAGAAGAUGUGGCCGGCGCUGGGCGUCUGGAAGGGCUACAGCUGGGCGAGUCCCGACGAGGGCUUCCAGAACGAGAGAAGUCCGGACAAGAUGGGACAGGUGCCGGAGCGGGAUGUGCUUAUGGACAUUGUUGCUAAAACUCCUGGCAACUUGUGAGCGGUCAGCGUUGUUUGUUCUCACCCUACAUGCAUGUUUAAAGAUCAACAUAUCAUAGGCGUUUUUAUUCUCUGAGUGGAUACUUGGUCAUCAUGUCAUUGGCUUGUCGAUGUGUUCAUCGAUGUUUCACUGGCGCUCGCUCGAAGGCGCUGAUUGGGCUUAAGUUGCAGGAUUGUGGCACAAUCGUUGUUAGGCAGACUCCCAUCAAUGUAAGAAAACCCCGCUCGUAGCCUGAUUCGUAUUUCGACCCUUCAAAUGAACUCAAUUCCCUU